AUGCAGCAGCUCACAACUCCUCUCCUUCCGCUCUUGGACGCGGCGGGCGUCAAGGACAGCGCCCUUCUCGAGGCUGUCGCUCGCAUCGCACCCGUCCUGGUUCCUCAGAACCUCGUCUCGUCGCUCCCAAGCAACACCGCCUACCUCGUCCUUGCAGAGCCAUCACUCACCUACGAGGCUGCAGCCGACUUGCUCGAUGCAGGUGCCGAAGCCAUCGUCACUGCUGACACACAGCUCAUCCAGCAGUUCGAUCCUGCUGUAUCGUCCACCCGCUUCAUCUAUCUUUCGGCGUCGGGUGCCGCUCCCGUCCCCGAAGUGCUCAAGUCGGUAGCCGGUGCCGUCAUCACCCUCCCUUCAGCAUCUGCUAUUGCCUCGUCGGCACAGCUCGUCCAGACCACGGCCGAGUCGCUUCAGACAAAGACGUCCGGCAAGUCGCUCUUUGUACUCGCGACGUCGGGAGCGCCCUCUGUCGAGGACGUCAAGGCGGUCUCCAAGCUCACUGCCAGCCUCGUCGCUCCCUUCUCUGUGCUUUCCGUCUCGUCCGAAGAGGGUCAGCAGCAGCAUGGCAAGCUCGACAUCGUCGAUGCCUUCGUGGCACCCCUGACCUCGGACCGCACCGACGGCCUCUUCGCUACCACCGUCGUCUCAUCCGCCUGCUCCACCUCGCUCGGUCUCGUCUACUCCUCUGCCCUCUCCAUCCGCAAGUCGAUCGCCACCGGCUCCGCCCACUACCAGUCGCGCAACCGCGGUCUGUGGCACAAGGGCGAAUCGAGCGGUGCCACGCAGCAAGUCGUCAGCAUUCGACAGGAUUGCGACUCCGACGCCAUCCAGUUCGCCGUCCGUCAGUCCCGCGGCACUUCCGCCUCUGGCUUCUGCCACCUCGAGAACCGCGAAGGCUGCUUCAGCUCCGCCACUGGCCUCGCCAAGCUCGAAGCCACGCUGAAAGAGCGCAAGCAGUCCGCGCCCGCUGGCAGCUACACUGCUCGCCUCUUUAAGGACCCUUCCUUGCUCGGUGCCAAGCUGCGCGAGGAAGCUGCCGAGCUUGCAGAUGCCAAAAAUGAGGACAAAAAGCACGUCGCGUUCGAGGCGGCUGAUCUGAUCUACUUCGCGCUGACCAAGUGCGUGUCGGCGGGCAUCGGGCUGGAGGAGAUCGAGGCGUCAUUGGAUGCCAAGUCCAAGAAGGUUUCUCGCCGCAAGGGAGAUGCCAAGCCCGACUUUGCCGCCCAACAGAAAGCAGCUGAGACCAAGGCUGCCCCCGCCGCCCCUGCGCCUGCGCCCAAAGACGCCGACGCACCGAUCAAGAUCCAGUCGUACCGCUUCGAGGACCUCACGGCGGUGCAGCGCAAGGAGCUGCUCAAGCGACCCGCGUUGCGCACCGAGCAGGUCAUGGACAUCUGCCGCCCCAUUCUCCGCGCUGUCAAGACCGGCGGUGACGCUGCACUGCUCGAGCUCACCGAGAAGUUCGACAAGGCCAAGCUGUCCACUCCGGUUCGUCACCCACCUUUCGUCGACGACGCAGUGAUGGCCAAGAUCAAACCCGAAGUCAAGGUCGCCAUCGACAUUGCGUACAACAACAUCCACAAGUUCCACAAGGCGCAAAAGACGACCUUCGGCAACAAGAAGGCUGCUUCCACGGGUGCCAACGGGGUCGUGGAGGCCAUCGAGGGAGAGGAGGAUGGGGUGUUGGAGGUCGAGACGAUGCCUGGUGUGGUGUGUCGACGAUUUGCGCGACCCAUCGAGAGCGUGGGGCUGUACGUUCCGGGUGGAAGUGCCGUGUUGCCGUCGACAGCGCUGAUGCUGGGUGUGCCGGCGCAGGUCGCACGCUGUCCUACCGUUGUGCUCGCCACACCACCGAGGCCGGACGGGAGCAUCUCGCCGGAAGUGCUUUACUGCGCCGAGAAGGUGGGUGCUACCGCCAUUCUGUGUGCCGGAGGCGCGCAGGCAGUGGCCGCUAUGGCUUAUGGUACGGAGACCUGCCCCAAGGUGGACAAGAUUGUGGGUCCGGGAAACCAGUUCGUGACGGCGGCGAAGAUGCUGGUGCAGAACGAGACGGAUGCGAUCGUGUCGAUCGACAUGCCAGCGGGACCGUCCGAGGUGUUGGUGGUGGCAGACGAAGAGGCGGAUCCGGCGUUUGUGGCGUCCGAUCUGCUGAGCCAGGCGGAGCACGGGCCGGAUUCGCAGGUCGUCCUGGUCGGAAUCGCGCUCUCAGAUGCGCAGCUCGAAGCCAUCGAGGCUGAAGUGGACAAGCAGGCGCGCGCUCUGCCGAGAGUCGACGUGGUUCGCCAAGCUAUUGACAAGAGCGUUACGCUCAUCGUGCCGACGCGCGAAGCGGCGAUCGAAUGGAGCAACGCCUACGCACCGGAGCAUCUCAUCCUCCAAACCGCCAACCCUGAGGAGCUUGUCAAGAGCGUCACCAACGCCGGCUCGGUCUUUGUCGGCCAGUGGUCACCCGAAAGCUGCGGUGAUUACAUGAGCGGUACCAACCACUCCCUCCCCACUGCGGCGUACGCAAAGAGCUACAGCGGUGUCAACGUCGGUACGUUUGAAAAGUGCAUCACGUCGCAGAGUCUCACUAGGGAGGGUUUGAAGGGCUUCGGACAGAACGUGGUCGAUUUGGCCAUGUGCGAGGGUCUCCAGGCCCAUGCUAUGGCUGUCAAGAUCAGGUUGGAUCGGCUGCAGGAGGGUGUUAGCGCUUGA